AUCAUACCUUCUGUGACAGCAAUUUCGCAUACGCAACCGCACGUGUGCUAAAGCUGCAAAAAUAACAAACACAGGAAAACUUCUGAUUGACUGCUUAUCAGCUGAUCUGUUUUUAAGCUCAUUGGUGCCUACUUGUUUUCGUGUGAUUCAAUUUGUCCCUGCAUGAAACGCAAGAGGACAUUCAGUACGGAUAUGGACAACACAGACUCUUCCAUGCUUGUUGAGCGCAAGAAGUCUCCAAACGGCCUGGAGCUUGUCAGUGCUUUUAGGGCAGGUAGACAUGACCCCACCGACCUGGUGGAGCUUGCGCGAGAAAUUCAACUGGCGGACAACACGGUGCGCGCCACGGCGUGCGGCAAGCUGCAGGUGAUCGCGGAGCAGGUGCGCUUCCUCCAGGAGCAGGCCAAGCGCGUGCUGCAGGAGGCGCGCGAGGACCAGUCGCGCCACCACGCGCACUGCAACUUCAAGCGCGUCCCGGGCCACGUCUACCACCUGUACCGACGGCCCACCGGGGAGACGUACUGGUCCAUGCUGUCGCCCACGGAGUGGGGGCCGAGCGCGCCCGAGCAGGACUACCUCGGGGCUUUCCGCCUGGAGCACGACAUGUCCUGGACGCCCUGGGAGCGCAUGGAGCAGCGCGCCCACGAGCUGGCGCAGCUCAACGGGCUGCUGGCCUCGGACGCGCACGGCGCCUCCCUCAACAAGGCCCUCAUGAUGGACACGAGCGGGCCGUAGUCCGCCAUAGGCAGCCGCAGUGGCGACCACCACGAUGAUGAAGUUUACUACGUUGUAAUUUCCGAACGGAGGCAUGGGAAAUUACCGGGGUCUGAUUCGCUCUGCUGGCCCUGGCAAUACGGGUAUUGCCAAAGUUCCUACUGUAAAUAAAUGUACAUAAUUUUAAUGUUAUUUUUAAAUUAAAAAGAGAUAUGACGUUUGUA